AUGGCGAAUCCAACCAGCAAUACCUACAUGGCGAUACCGCCACCACCACUGCCCGAGUUCUACUUAGCCGAAAAGCUCAACAAGACAGUCAUCACUUCCUCAGCGUCUGGCUCCGACCGCGGCGUAGAGCAUCCAUCAGCGCCGCGAACGAAGAAUUCGAUCUGCCAAUAUCCACCCACUCUGGACGGCACCGACGAAAGAUAUUUGUUCACCGCGGCGUCUGCGUACACGGCCGCGAGCAAGGAGCGCCAAUCUUCACAAGACCGACGAGAUGGCGACCUGCAGCCGCUGGCGGUAUACCACAUUUGCCGAAUAUGUCUCCGCCCGCGCAGCGCGCGCUAUCAUCGUGAUCACCCGAUACCCAUCGACGGUGUUCCUCCACCUCCAAGCAUUUGCAGGCGGUGCCGCGUUUCACCAGCAGACGAGCUGCGAUCAGUCACUGAGAUCAUCGAGCGGCCGGAGAGCAAUGAGAUCAAGCUCGGUGUCAAGUGUCUUGUACCAGACGGAGAAUACAUCAGCAAUUUGGAGAUGAGAGACAAACAAUCAGAUUACGAAUGGAGUCGCAGUGAGUGGCGAGAGCUCGAGCCUUUGCCGCCAAAGGAACCAAAACCGAGUGAUAAAACUGAAGUGAUUCAUCGUCACAUUCACAUUGCUGUGCCCCCUCCGCCGCUGCGCGAAGCCUCAAGAGCAAAGUCGGCAGAAAAGCCAGCUGGCAGUCGUUCGACAUCUUACCAGAGCGAAAGUGAGAGAUCGAGUAAACUGGAUCUUCAACACGGCGUGCCACCUCCACCGCGGCGACGGACCGACACUUCCACUGACGUUCGGAAGAUCGAUAGUAACGCAGCAUCAGUCUCCACACAGGCAUCGAAAUCUGUCAAAUGCAAACAUCAAUCGUCCUACUGCAAUACAGCAGCCCUCGGGAUACCGGCACAGUCAGAGCGUAGUGAGUCUGAGAUCCGGAGACUGGCCCGAGAUGAGGUUGAACGUUAUAGACAGGCCGAGCGCCGAAUGGAUGCUCACCGUCAACCAUAUGCACAUGGAAGAUUGGUUCCCAUGUUUACCAGAGAGCGGGUACCUGUGGAACGACGUAUUGAGUUGCAGGAAGACCGCGCUCACUACAUGCCCUGGAAGCACACAUCAGAGCCACAGGGACCUGGCAAAGAUUCUGCUUUCGCUCUUACCACCACUCAAGUGGACAUGAAGAAGAUGAAGGAGUUGAAGGAGAUGAAGGAAGCCACUGCCACUAAAGAGGAUGAGGAGGACAGACAUAAGAGCACACAGCACCUACGAAUGCAAGAUGGUCCUCUCCGACAUGAGAGUCCUCGGCCUCCAUCCAGCUCUGCCUCAGAAAAGACCAGAUGGCCGUCGACAACGCAAUCACGCCAGUACCGUGUAGAGGAAGUUGAGGCGCAGUCAUCCGGGCCGCCGACUCUGGCUGAACGUAAGCCUCGCAAGUAUGAGGUCGUCGAAGUAGUCGACGAUUGGGAGCAUCCCGAUGUGCGACUUGCUGUAUCGGCGGACCAAUCGAAGGUGCGUUCCGAGUCACAACACGAAUCGGGAAUUCGUAGGAAUCCAAAUCACAGCGAUGAAAGAUCCUCGACAGUUGGACGCUCUAGUACAUGGAAAGAUACAGAAUACUGGAGAUAUGAAGAGCCGGCUCCUGUAGCUGAUGGCCGCUCUACCGACUUCCGUCCUGUUCAUGUCAUCGAACAGCUGGCCAAAGAAGAACAAACCCGUGACUCUCGUGCUUCACAUUUGCAGGGGCGGUCCAGAUCCACCGGCAAUGAGGGCGCUCUACUAUCCUCCCCAACUGCAGUGCGCAAUCGAAAUGCAGUUGCUGAGAUCCGGGCUAAAUCCACAACAGAGCAGCAAGCCAGAGGUUCGCAGCCGCGAAAGCCGCCAUAUCCACGAGAUGGCCAGAGCAUGCCUCUCCAAAUGCCAUCACCCAGCCGUCAUACGUCGAGAAACUGCAACAGUCCAGACGAAGUGCGAGCUCCGCGCGAUGAUGAUAGCGAGUAUUACUACGUCAAGCGAGUUGUACGGCCAGCGGAUCGGCCGCUUGCGAAGCGUUUCGACGACGAGAAGGGUGAUUACUACCGUGAGACGCGAGAAUAUCUCCAUCGGCGAAGGAUUCCUGAAGGUGAUGCCCCUGCAAACGAGCCGCAGAGGGCUCACACACAUCCUGCGACGCGACGGCCAAGUGAUGCCUCUAGUCGAGUGCGCUUCUCUAACAAAGUUGACAUAUCCCCAACACCGCCGAACAGUGACGCCAACUCGUCUGAGUUCCGAAGCUUAGGUCAGGCUAAGCUACCAAGAGACGACCGCUCUAUCAGCAAACAUGAGGAUUACACCGUUGAGUACGAGCGUAGGGGCCGUCCACGAAGCCGCGAUCCUGCUGAUCAGAAUGGCUAUUACUACGAGAAGGACACCAUACGCUCUCGGCAGCGCGGAUAUCGACCGGCUCCUAAUACAGACGACGAAUCAACUCCAAGACCACCACGGCGGCCGUCUGGAUCCAGCGAGACGGCGACAGCACAAAGUACAUUGCCGAGCAACGUGAAGGCAUUUGCCCGCGUUUUGAGCGAGUCUCCUUCUAGGGAGAAACUCCUCGAAGAGACCGAGAGGCAGCGAGUCGAUGGCACGGGACCGUACCACAUCGAGGAGAGGCGCAGUGCCAGCGUGGAGGUAGAGGACGGAAGCUCGAACAGUGGCAGUAGUUGCAUUAACGCGAGGGAUCACCGCGAGCGACAUGUGCGGAGUGAACGACAUGGUAGGCGCUGA